UCCCAACCCCAAAACAAACACACUGAAAAAGCCAGGGCGAACCCCACUGAUCAAUGGGCUGCGUUUCGUCAAAACACUUCAGAAAAGAUCUCAAGCGAGAGUUCCCCUUCAAUAAUGGCGGCAACUGCGUGAACCACGUGGUCUCUCUCACUUCAAGCACCUACGGGGUUCUCAACUUGGACAAUGAGCAAGCCGUCGAAGAGUGUGUCGCGGAGAGUAGGAGAUUACAAAGAUCUCCUAUUCGCGAUGAGCCGGAGGUCAUCAAUGCUUGGGAACUCAUGGAGGAUCUUGAAGAAGGAAUGCCCAUUUCUAAGCAAGCCAAGGUAAGCCCGAAACCGAGGGCUUUUCUCCGUGGUUUUUCCGGUUUUGAUUCUAGGAGUCCGGCGAAGUUCUCGAAUCAGAAUUGUUCUCCAAAGAAGACGAAGAGAUUUGCUGGAAAAGAGAAUAAGGGGCGGGUUAAUUUGUUCGGACGUUCUGAUUAUAGCCCAAAAGGAAUACCGAAAGCUAAGAAUCAUACCGAGAACUCGUGUAAGGCGGUGCUGAGUUUAAGUUAUCCGGUGAAAGGGUCUCCAAUUGGGGCAAAAAGAGAGAGUCGUGGGAGCGAUUCGGGGCUUUCUCCGCGACGGAAGAGCUUUAGCCCCCUAUUUGAUCCAGAGCUUCUUGCAUCUUAUGAGAAAGAAUUGUCUGAAGAGGAAGUUCAGAUCAAGAGGAUGGUCUCGCCUACAGCGAAAUUCCGUAAAACGAGAAAGUCCAGAGAUUUGGAGUCUAUUCUUCAUUCGUUUGAGGGAAAGUGCCCCCCAGGUGGGGAAAAUGCGAUUGUUGUAUACACUACGACUUUACGAGGAAUCAGGAAGACUUUUGAGGACUGCAACAGUGUCCGGUCGAUCAUCGAAUCCCAUUGUAUCCAAGUGGUCGAGCGCGAUAUAUCCAUGGAUUCGGGGUUCAAGGAGGAACUGAGGGGUCUAAUGGGGUCAAAGGAGGUGAAAGUUCCACUUGUGUUCUUGAAAGGGAGGUUGAUUGGGGGAGUUGAUGAGGUGGUGAAGUUGGAAGAAGAGGGGAAACUGAGCAUUCUGUUUGAAGGGAUUCCGAGGGCUGUAGGCGGAUGCGAAGGAUGCGGCGGUGUGAGGUUUGUGAUGUGCAUGGCGUGCAGUGGAAGUUGUAAGGUUUUGGAUGGGGAGCAAAAGAAGAUGGUGAGGUGCGGUGAGUGCAACGAGAAUGGGUUGAUUCACUGCCCUAUCUGCUGUUAAUUGAAUACAAUCAUAUCCUUCUUCCCCCUCGGAUUACUUUGGAUUGGCUGCUAGCCUUUUGGUAUGUCCUUUCCAUUUUGUUAUGUGGGAAAAUGAGGUUCUUAAAGUGGGUUUUAGGUCCUCUCGUUCUAAAUUUGCUUGCUUUUCAUUACUGGGUAUUUGUUUUUCCAAUUCACUGACCUGGUUCAAUAUAUUCUUCCAAGCAUCAUGAAAUUUAUGGAGGAAUUAUGUUUCCAUUCCUCGUAUAUGUUACUUCCCAAAUGUCCUGUAGGUUGUAGUAACUGAUAUCUGUAUGAAUUUGGGCAGCACUUAUUUUCUGCAUC